CUACGUUUAACAACCAUCAAAAGUCGUAAAAAAGAAACAAACAUCGGAGGUGUCGAUAGCCGCGACGACCAUCAGAGUUGUCGCAAUUCAUCGAUGGCGCAUUCAAAAAAAGGGUACGGGUAGCACUCAGUCCAGUCCAAACACAGUAAAUCCAACAAGAAAAAAGGAAUGGAAGACAAGUAUCCUAAGCGGCUUAUGGAAGAUGGAAGUGAGCCACAAGUUGGACAGAUAAAUAACUCAUGUCGAAUGUCUAUUUUGAACAAAAUCAAGAGCGUAUUACCAGAGGAGUAUGAGAUUGUGAAGGGUGAUCCAGUUUUCGCAAGUAUUUUUGCAUUGUAUGAGAAUGGUCUUGGGUACUCAGCUCGGUUGAUAAAUAGCAUAAUGUGUAGGCAGUUGGUGACUAAGAUAAGACAUGAGCUGUGGUUUGUGUUUGGUAAGAAGCCGCUUAGAUUCUCGAUGCAAGAAUUCAAUGCAGUUACUGGACUUAAGUACAAUGACGAUUUCAGUGAUGAUUCAGAGAAUUGGACAUAUGAUAAUGGGUUUUGGAGUAAAUUGUUGAGGAGAGGUGGUAUCAUUACCAUUCAAAGUUUGAUGAAGACCCACCUUGAAGCAGCUCCAUCGUGGGGGAAACAAGAAGAUAGAAUUCGGUUUGUGUAUGUUUGUGUAAUUGUUGGGUUGGUAAUGGCUAAGGAUGAGAAGAAGGCUAUACCACAUUCAUACAUCAAGCUGGUCAUGGAUCUUGAGAAGGUUAGGACCUAUCUUUGGGGUCUUGUAGCGUUUGACCAUUUAGUUAAUUCUAUCAUGGAAGCAAGAAAGAAACUGAAGAACCCCAUAAGUUACAUCCUCAAUGGUUUCUCAUAUGCUCUUCAAGUUUGGGUUAUGGAAGAAAUUCCUGUCAUUGGAGAACUGUUGGGAGAGAAGAUUGACAAGGAGAUUACAGCUACUCGAUGUUCUAAUUGGAAAGGUGCUGCAAAAGUAUCCUAUGAUGAACUCCUCCUUGUAGAAAAAUCAAUUGGAAAAAAGGAUGUAGUUUAUCCAUACAUUUCCUCCACCGGAAACGAUGAUGUAUUGGUGGCUGCAGAAUUUAUGAGGAGUGAUGAAAUUAAAGAUUGUGAAGUGGACAACUUGGAUGCUUUGAUCAGAACUUGCUAUGAUUUUGGAGAUCAUAUUUGGGAAAGUGUUGAAGGAGAUAGUGUUGAAGAUGACAAUAUUUAGAAUGUUGAAGAUCAAUUUUCUGUUGGAGGGGACAAAGAAGUUCUGUCUUUUAGUGAUGUAGAAACUAGUGAGAAGCAAGCUAAUACUCCAGAAGUGUCUAGCUUAAAGAAGAGGAAAAAAAGGCAAGCCGAUCAUGGAGCAGAGACACGGAAAAGGAUGGUGCUAAGUCAGCGAGUAUCAACCUCACAUUGUUCUUGUGGAGAAGAGAUGAUGCGUUAUUUUAAGGAACUGUUAGACUCUUCUUUUAAGAGCUUUACAAAAUCAUUUGGGGAACAAUUGAGCACAUUGGAGAAUAAUGUAUCAGAAAUCAAGGCCAUGAUAUCUAGACCAGCAGAGGCGAUUCCUAGACCAGCAGAAGCGAAUCCCAGUCCAUCGGAAGUGACUCACGGUCCACCACAAGUGAAGCCCAAAACUUCGGUACGUAAGAAAUAGCUGCAUGCUCCGUUGUUCUAGUUAUAUUGUAAUAUUCGACACCAAUAGUGUCUGGUUCGACCAGAUUGAUUUAAUUGUCGAUUUUUGGUCGAUUUGGUUUGGGGAAAACCAUUGAACCGAGCUACUUAAAUGAUUUGUCGACAUAAAGGGUUUUGGGAAGUUUAUUUUUUCGCAGCUUCCUUGUUUUGAGAGAAAAGGAGAGAAAACAAGUAUUCUCGAGAUUUUGGUGUUUUUUUUAGAAGAUUGAUUGUUGGCUGUUCUUAGGAGAUCUGAGGCUAGGAGGGUGAUAGAAGCUUGCUGGGAGUGUGGGAUUCGUCAUUAUUGGUCAGAAACUUCCUGCAAAGAGGGUUUUGAUGUUGAGGAUGCAUGGAGAAGAUUAAAGUAGUUUAGAGGCGAGAUUCAGAAUUUCUGAUCGAAGGAAAUCGGUGUCGGUCGACACCAGUUGGGAUGUCGAUCGACAAAAACGUGAGAACGAUUCGAUAACUUUGGGGAGGGUCAAUCGACACUGAUGUAUUGUGUUUUUGAUGUCUUUUGUCCUUCAUUUAAUAUUCGUUUUGAAUCAUUUGUCGCAUAUUUGUCCGUCUUUUGUGUCUUUUUGGUCUUUUCUUGAGUUGUGAUUAGGUGUGGAGACAAUGUGCUAGAUUUGGAGUCUUUUGGUUGGAUUCGAGCUUAACUGGAAUCAAGAAGCAGAAAGUGACUAUUGGGCAUCUUCAAGUUGAACUGAAUCAUGAAGUUUCGACAAGUCUAAACAAGUCUGGUGAAGUCUAUAGACAAGUCUGGUGAAGUCUAUAGACAAGUUUGGAGGAGUAUGGUGAAGUCUGCAGACAAGUCUGGUGAAGUCUGCAGACAAGUCUAGUGAAGUCUGGUGAAAUUUAUGCACAAGUCUGAUAGCUCUCUAGUUUACAUAUUUUUAGCAUCCUUUUUUGUCCAUAUUUUGCAUUGUUCAUACCCUUAACUUAGCAUUUUUAGGUCAUGAAUUGUAG